AGGCUCGGCGCGCGACCGGCGCGGCGCGGGCUCGGCGCGCUCUCAGUCGCGCGCGGUCACGGCGUGCGAGCGCGCGCAUCUAGACACGUGCAUGGCGCGCCGAUCCGCAUGCCUCGCGCCCUCGGGGAAUGGCUUCGUCCGAGGCAGAUGCGACUACCGCGUCGAUACUUGAAGUCGAAGUCGAAGAUGACUGCCUCAGUGUUCGAAAAUGGUGGUGUUUUCUGCUCUCGUCGAUCUUCACGUUCAUCGCGGGGUUGCUCAUCGUGGUGCUAUGGCGGAUCUGUGCGUUCGUCUGCUGCCGGAAGGAGCCAGAGCUGGCCCCGAACGAUCCGAAGCAGAAGGAGCAGAAGGCGGCGCGGCAGAACAAGCAAGAGUUCGAGGGCACCUUCAUGACCGAGGCCAAGGAUUGGGCCGGCGAGCUCAUCUCCGGGCAGACCACCACCGGACGAAUACUGGUAGUGUUGGUGUUCAUUCUGAGUAUAGCAUCGCUCAUCAUCUACUUCAUUGACGCAUCAAGUGAAGAGGUGGAGCGGUGCCAGAAAUGGAGUGACAAUAUUACUCAGCAGAUCGACCUUGCCUUUAACAUAUUUUUUAUGGUCUACUUUUUUAUACGAUUUAUAGCAGCUAGUGACAAACUGUGGUUCAUGCUCGAGAUGUAUUCAUUUGUAGAUUAUUUCACGAUACCACCAUCCUUUGUAUCAAUAUACCUGGAUAGAACGUGGAUAGGGCUGAGGUUUCUAAGAGCUCUACGCUUAAUGACCGUGCCUGAUAUUUUGCAGUACCUCAAUAUAUUAAAGACAUCGAGCUCCAUUCGGUUGGCACAAUUAGUUUCUAUAUUUAUAUCAGUGUGGUUAACAGCGGCUGGCAUUAUUCAUUUGCUGGAAAACUCCGGUGAUCCAUUGGACUUUACCAAUUCGCAGCAAUUGUCGUACUGGACUUGCGUAUACUUUCUAAUAGUCACCAUGUCUACAGUAGGUUACGGUGAUGUGUUCUGCCACACGGUUCUUGGCAGAACCUUUUUGGUUUUUUUUCUUCUUGUCGGCUUGGCAAUGUUCGCUAGUAGCAUUCCUGAAAUUAUAGAGCUGGUAGGAAGUAGGUCCAAGUACAGUGGCGAGCUGAAGCGUGAACAUGGAAAAAGGCAUAUUGUUGUUUGCGGGCACAUAACAUACGAAUCAGUGAGCCAUUUUUUAAAAGACUUCCUACAUGAAGACAGAGAAGACGUGGACGUCGAGGUUGUUUUUUUACACAGGAAACCGCCCGACCUGGAGCUCGAAGGCCUGUUCAAGAGACACUUUACCACUGUGGAAUUCUUUCAAGGCACCAUUAUGAACCCAAUCGACCUACAGAGGGUAAAAGUUCAUGAAGCGGAUGCUUGCCUGGUGCUGGCCAAUAAGUACUGCCAGGACCCGGACGCCGAAGACGCCGCCAACAUCAUGAGGGUCAUCUCCAUCAAGAACUACUCUGAUGACAUAAGGGUCAUUAUUCAGCUGAUGCAGUAUCAUAAUAAGGCUUACCUUCUGAACAUUCCAUCGUGGGACUGGAAGCAGGGCGACGACGUGAUCUGCCUGGCGGAGCUGAAGCUGGGGUUCAUCGCGCAGAGCUGCCUCGCGCCCGGCUUCUCCACUAUGAUGGCCAACCUCUUCGCUAUGAGGAGCUUCAAGACGUCCCCCGACACACAAGCUUGGCAGAAUGAUUACCUGCAGGGUACGGGCUGCGAGAUGUACACGGAGACUCUAUCCACCUCAUUCACUGGAAUGAGCUUCCCUUCCGCGAGCGAGUUGUGCUUCACGAAGCUGAAGCUGCUGCUACUAGCCAUCGAGAUCAAGGGCGAGGAGGGCGCGGACAGCAAGAUCUCCAUCAACCCCCGCAGUGCCAAGAUCCACGCCAACACGCAGGGCUUCUUUAUUGCGCAGUCCGCUGAUGAGGUUAAAAGGGCUUGGUUUUACUGUAAGGCUUGCCAUGACGACAUCAAAGAUGAAACACUCAUCAAGAAAUGCAAAUGCAAAAACUAUGUUGGAAUGAUGAUGAUGCAGACUGGGAUGGUGAAACAGAUUAAUUCAUAUCGGGGUUUAGACGUGGCUACGUUCAGGAAGGGCGUACGAGCCGUCCAGAUGGUUGGCCGGGCAAAUGACCACCAUCCUCCCCCCACCUUCACGCCGCCAGAGUUGCCCAAGAAGGUGCAUCAUCGAGGUGAAAUCGCGAGAGAACGAGGUGAAGACAUUAGUUUAAUAAACAGAAACCAUAGAAGUGCACCGAAUGCUCUCCUGUCUCCAAACGCGAACCAGCUGAUGAACACAACGACGACGAGGCAGGUCAACAAAGUCAAGCCAAACGUAAACAGAGCUCCACCUGACACGAACCCUCCGGAUCAGGACACGAAUUACCAAGCGUACCACCUAGCCUACGAAGUGAAAAAGCUCAUGCCGACGAGUAGAAGCAGCGGCGGCAACCAGAACAGUAACGGCGUGAGUCUGCCAGCGGGCCUGGCCGACGACCAGUCGAAGGAUUUCGACUUCGAGAAGACUGAAAUGAAAUACGACUCCACUGGCAUGUUCCAUUGGAGUCCCGCCAAGAAUCUGGAGGAUUGUAUAUUAGACAGAAACCAAGCGGCGAUGACCGUCCUAAACGGCCACGUGGUGGUCUGCCUGUUCGCGGACCCCGACUCGCCGCUAAUAGGCCUGCGGAACCUCGUGAUGCCGCUGCGGGCCUCCAACUUUCACUACCACGAGCUGAAACACGUGGUGAUUGUCGGGAGCGUCGACUACAUCAGAAGGGAAUGGAAGAUGUUGCAGAAUCUGCCAAAGAUUUCUGUUUUGAAUGGUUCACCGCUAAGCCGAGCCGACUUGCGUGCAGUGAACGUUAACCUUUGCGACAUGUGCUGCAUCCUGUCCGCAAAGGUGCCGUCCAACGACGACCCGACGCUGGCCGACAAGGAAGCUAUCUUGGCUUCGUUGAACAUCAAGGCGAUGACCUUCGAUGACACGAUAGGCGUGUUAAGUGGGGGCGCGACGAAUGGGAGCGCGGCGGCGCAGCCCCCGCCGGGGGCGCCGCCCGCGCCGGUGCUGCUGCAGCGGAGAGGGUCGGUGUAUGGUGCCAAUGUGCCUAUGAUUACUGAGCUGGUGAACGACAGCAACGUGCAGUUCUUGGACCAGGACGAUGACGACGAUCCUGACACGGAGCUGUAUCUCACGCAACCGUUCGCCUGCGGCACCGCCUUCGCCGUCAGCGUGCUCGACUCCCUCAUGUCCACUACGUAUUUCAACCAGAAUGCCUUAACCCUGAUCCGGUCGCUGAUCACGGGCGGCGCCACGCCCGAGCUGGAGCUGAUCCUCGCGGAAGGAGCUGGUCUCCGAGGAGGGUACUCCACGCCCGAAAGUUUAGCGAACCGGGACCGGUGUAGAGUAGGUCAGAUCUCCCUGUACGACGGGCCGCUGGCCCAGUUCGGGGAGGCCGGCAAGUACGGCGACCUGUUCGUGGCGGCGCUGCGCGCCUACGGCAUGCUCUGUAUCGGUCUCUACCGGUUUCGGGAUACUUCGUCCUCGUGCGACGCGAGCAGCAAGAGAUACGUCAUUACCAAUCCGCCGGAUGACUUCAUCUUGCUGCCAACAGAUCAGGUAUUCGUGCUCAUGCAGUUCGACCCCGGCGUGGAGUACCGCUCGUCGCGGCGCGCGGGCUCGGCCACGGGCAGCGGCGGCAAAGACGACGCCUCCUGACUGCUGCUGUGCAGCGCCCUUACCGACGGACCCUACUCCUACAUCUAAGCCUCCGGGCUCAUAGGCGGUAGGGCCCGACGCCACUCCACAAGCCCCCCAAACAAUUCACUUUUGAGUUAUACUAUUUUUAUCUAGGUUGCGCAAACUCUUUGGUUUUAUCUUCACGAUUCUUUCCAUUCGAAGCCAAAAUUCAAAGUUUUUGUGGUAAUACCUUUUUCAAACUAUUAUAACUCGUACUCGAUUUUAUUUCUUCUUGCGUUUUAAUUAUUAUUUGGAAUUGGAUAGCUAAGUACAAGUUAUGUUACACUUCCACUGACACGGCACAGCAAUCUUCACCAUACUCUUGAAAUGCACCUUUUAAAGAUGUAUAGGGAAAGCCAUGUUCAGGUUCCUAUGUAUCUUUUGCACAGCGAGCACUGCCUUCUAUCUGUCUUGUAAUUUGUGCACACUAUCUCUUUGCAUUGGUACACAGAGAAAACAAUAAUAGAAGUUUCUUGACUGUUAAAAUCAUGACACUGUAAUUCCAUCAACAAGUCCAGUAAAAUAAACCACCUAACUUAUUUCACCUGAAAAGGGUAUCUAAUGAAUAUUUUGGCAGUCAUGGGACUAUUAUCAAACAACUUAUGGCAAUCAUGAAAAAAAUGCAUAAACAAACGCUUCUAAUGCUGAGUCUAAUGAGUAAUGUAACAUCAAACCACACUAAUAAUGUUGAAGUCCAAAUUACUGAAAAAUAUUUCUAAUUUCAACAUUUAAUUCAGUGCAACACUUCGACACUUUUUCAUUUGAAACACUACACACUACACAGUCCAUUUUGAAAAGUGAUGGUCGACGUUCGAUUUUAUCUACGGUUUUGACAAUUGAAUUAAAGUAAGUCUGUACAAUUGUGUAAGUAAAUAUAACCGUUAUUUGUAGCAAUAUAAUGCUCAAUAUUAAAUGAACCUUUAAAACUUUUAAUUGCACUACCGUGUAAUUUCAGAACGAAUUUAGAAUAGGUAAUGCAUGCUUUUAUUUACUAUUUCUUCUAUUAGUGUAGGUUUAUUUCUUUCUCUGUAGUUUUUACUAUUUUUCUGGCAUCUUUUGACUCAUUUGGGACGCUUUUUCGGGGCUAAAGUAUAACUUGUAAGCAUUUAUAUUAUCAUCGACUGAUUGAAUACUCUUAAGCAGAACACUUCAUACAUGAUGACACAAAUGUGAUAAGUUACUCGACACUACGUUAAAGUUAUUGUUUUAGUUUAUAUUGUUUUAUAUGGAUUCACAUUGAAUCCAUCAUUUAUACUUAUAUACUUAGUUUUAAGACACAACUGUUCAAUACUUGAAAUGCACCUGUGGUAGUACCUAGUAUGCAUACAGUUCCAUCGCUCAGCUCACGUUUUAUUUUAUCGAACUUCUAUAAACUUUCAUGUAAAAUGUCCACUAGUUAAGGCAGUUUAUUUAUUCUUUAAUUUCGACGUCUUGAGACAGAUGCGAUUGAAAUACACAUCUUGGAAAUUAUCAGCGAGGGUAACGACAAGUGUUGGCUGCUCCAGCGCUUAUUGUUGUCUUCGACUAAAUUCACAGACGUGUAUUUCUUUUCAUCUGUUUUUCGUCGUUCAAAUUAUUUUCAACCUCAUCUAGCACCGGCACCGCAUUUUGUUUAUUUUUUUAAUAAAUUUUAUUGAAUGAUUGUUUUGUUUUGGUUUUAUUUUGUUUUCCUAUUGGGCGGGGGAUCGGUGGACGUGGAUGGCGGCGCUGCACACACAGAACACGUUCGCGACGACGCGUCGCUCGCGCGGCGCGGGGACGUCAGUGCAAAGUGUAAUUUUGCUGUAAAUGUGUGAUAUUGUUUUCGAAUCGUCGUUGUUACUGGCUUCUAAAGCCUGCGAUGUAUUUAGUGUUAACUCCGGGUGCUUUGACGAUUGUGGACUCUUCAUAGUUUAAUGCCCUUUAUUGUAUUAGAUAACUAAGGCUCAACUUUAAUCGACUCCACGUGCAGACAUGCAUUUACAAUCAACUCGAACACCGGUGCAGUUGAUUAGAGUUCCUUUUUAGAAAUUUCUAGGUAAUACGUGUAGUUACAUUCCCUCGCCAAUAUUAGUGUCAUUUCUUCAGAUUUGUCGGUGGCGUCGAGCCGAACAAACUGACAAGAUGUUUGAUGAACCUUAUGAUGUAGAUAGAUAAUGUGAACCCUUAAGUCCGCCACGGCGUCGCCCGCACGCAAAUAGCACUUAUUAUAAUAAUAAUUAAAAAUACCUCAAUUACCUGAUAGUAAGUAAAGUUAGUUGAAAUAUUGUAUGAAUUUUCAUCAAACAUCCUGUGUAUAGUUGCCCACCGUCACGUCAUAGCAUAGUGCCACUGAGUUGCCUGCAAUAGGCGGCUUCAUUGCUCACUUCAUCUAGAAAACCAUACUUUAAUGCCACGUGUGUUACGAAGUCAAAGUUCGCGCCCAAGAAAAUGACUGGAUACUUAAAUUGUAGAACUUUAAUAAGAGCCCCAUUGCCUGGUAAGUAGGUGGCAGUAUAGACAUCAUUUCAUCCUUCAAAUAGAAUAGGCAAAGCUGGCCUUAUUGCUAUUAGAUAGUGGGUGUGAUGUGACGAGAGAAGUGUGAACGGUCCUGACAACUUGGACAACUGAUCCUAGUUCGUAAAGGAAUUGAAUGCAAACAUACUGCCAUAUAUUUUGUAAUUCCGCUACAUAAGCCCAUGGAAAAAUAAACAUCAAUAAAGUACAAAAGAAAAACCGUGAGACACAGAAUUCCAUACAUUUGAUGAACAAAAAGGAAGUUAUUUACCCUAGAGGUCCAUUCGCGGGGUACUCAGGCUUCCGAUAUACCCUAAGAUCUCAAGUCACCCUGUGUACCAACAUUAUGUGUGGGCAGGAAACCACCAGUGAGCCAAUUCUCUAAUAGUUUUAUUCGAGAUUCCAUAGAAGUGAUAUUGUUACAUUAUUUGAAUAAUGGAGAUGAUCGAACGACCGGAGAAUAGUUCACAGCACGCAUCGACAACAGAAUGAAGAUAUUAGAUAAAGUUUUGAAAAGGUUGUGCACGUUAAAUUAUUAAAA